CGACCCUUAAGUCCAUUAUCACCUUAAGCACGUAAUCACCGUACCGACCAAUGACACAAGCUCAAUGUCCAUUUGGUGAACAACCCACCUCCCUCUCCGAACCCUAAUUCUGUUCAACUUCCAUCUAACAACUUUGAAGCCCUCUCCCAUCUAUUAAUUCAACCCAACAAACUAAAAGCUCCAAACCUUCAAACCCUCCUUCCAAACACUCUGAAAAAUAUCAAAGAUUUACUCGCGACACUCCUCCAACGAUGGCUAGUGGCAAGCAAAUUGUUGGUGAAGACAAGCAGCGUGCCGGGGCGGAGAUCGUGUACGGCCCCGAAGAUUGCUACCGGCAGUCCAUAGACCUACUGGAAGAGCUAGGGUUUCCCAAAGGCGUCCUCCCCUUGCAGGACCUCGUGGAGUGCGGGAGGGUCAGAGAAACUGGGUUCGUGUGGAUGAAGCAGAAGCAACCCUACGAGCACUUCUUUGAGGGGUCCAACACGCGUGUCAGCUACGCAAUUGAGGUGACUGGGUACGUGGAGAAGUGCAGGAUGAAGAAGAUGACAGGGAUCAAGAGCAAGCAGGUUUUUCUUUGGGUCCCGAUAUCUGAGAUGAGCGUUGAGGAUCCGGCGGGGAAGAAGAUCGUUUUCAAGACUCCGAUGGGGAUCGGGAAGUCUUUUCCGGUGACUGCGUUCAUGACGGAGGAGGAGAAGCAAAAGUAUUUGGAGAAGGUUAGCGAAUGAAAUUAAGGAAACUAAUUGAGGUUUUUCAGAUGAAUUUGUGGGGGUCAGUUAAUUAUAUGGUUAAAUAACUAUUUAUGGGGCACUAUUGUUUUUAAUUUUUUAUUAUGUUAUGUUAUGUUUUUAAUUUUAUUUAAUAAAAAGAAUGACAAUUGGUGACAAGUCACAUCCACCAACA